CCGAUGCGCGGGCUCCAGGUCCCGGAGGGUGGCUGAGGCUGGGUGCCCAGGCCUUGCGCUGCGCCAGAUCCGAGAGCGCAGAGGCGGCGCCGCGGUGUGCCCUCCUGUGGAGCGCAGAGAACGCUGCGGGGGCGAAGAGGGACAGAAAGCGGCAGGUCCGAGGGGCUUGGGGACUUCCAAGGAGAGACCUUGCAGGACACGCCAUAGCCUCGGCCUUGUUUUGCUGUGCCCUCCUACUCCCGACCCCUUCUUCUAUUAGUUCAUUCCAAACCCCUCUCCCCGUGGGUGCUUACCCCCGGCCCAGGGGCUUGCCACCUGUCCUUCCCAGCUCAGCCUGGGUCCUUGCCUCGCCCCAGGGAGUUGAGCCACGCGGGUUGCGCGCAGGGCUGGAGGGCGCAGCCGGGAAGGGCGAGACGGCCCCGCACGCCUGGGAGGGGCGAUCCUGAUCAGACUGCACCCAGUCUGUGUUGGAGUGAAAGCCAUCUAGUCUGUCCCCAUCCUCUCGGAGUCAUCCUUUCCCUCACGGACAGAUUUCGGCCGCCGCUCCUGCACGCGCACCCGUGAAAAAGCCACGAGUUGAGCCGCCUCUGCGCUCUGGACAGGUCUGAGCCGCGCCUCCCAUCCAGAGAGGGCGCGGGAGGUCCCGCCGCGAUUCUCAACCUGCCGGGAAAUCCGAGCGGCUCCUCCAGCCUCCGUGGCUGCCGAGCUCGCUCCUCCCCGCCCGCUCGCCUGGCUCAGCUCUGCACGCCCCCCAGCUAGCUCCCGCUCGAGUCACCUCUCCCCGCGCCCCCGCCCCUCUAGAGCUCGCGCCCGCCCCCCCAACCCGCGCCUCCUCUGCCCGCCCUCCUCCCCCUCCCCCUUCCCUCCUGCCCUCCCUUCAUUCCACAAGUGUCGCUUCGCUCUCACCAGCGCACUUGGCGAGCUGGAGAGGUGAGAGGGAUACUGCGAGCGGGCUCGGGGCGGCCAGUCAGGGGCCGCCCGCCAAGGAUAGGCGCUGCCAGCCCGAUUCUCUCCCGCUCUCCGCCCCCGCCUCCCCCGGUGGCCGGCCGGACCUGCACCUCGCGCUUGCCCCCGCUCAUCCUACCCCGCCCGGCCGGGCGCGCUCCUCCCCGGCCGGCCCCUCAGCGCGCGGCGCGCUGGAGGCGAACGCGGGCUGAGCCGAGCGCAGUGGCCGCCGACCACCGAGCGCCCCGAGCCGCUCCCUGCAUGUGCGGCCCGCGGCGGCUCGCAGCCCCCGGCAGCAGCCUCGGCAGCUUCGGCCGCGCCUCGAGAGGCGGCCGCAGCGGCUCCAGCGGCAGCCGAGCGGCCGAGCCCGGGCUGGGAGACACCAUGCGCCGCGUCCUCCGGCUGCUCCUCGGCUGCUUCCUCACCGAGCUGUGCGCCCGCGUGUGCCGGGCGCAGGAGCGAGUGGGGCACGGGCAGCUGGCGCAACUGGGCGGCGUGUUGCUGCUGGCGGGGGGCAACCGCUCCGGGGCCGCCUCGGGAGAGGCCAGCGAGGGCGCCGAGGCAUCGGACGCGCCCCCGACCCGGGCGCCCACACCUGACUUCUGCCGGGGUUACUUCGAUGUCAUGGGCCAGUGGGACCCGCCAUUCAACUGCAGCUCGGGCGACUUCAUCUUCUGCUGCGGGACUUGUGGCUUCCGGUUCUGCUGCACAUUUAAGAAGCGGCGACUGAACCAAAGCACCUGCACCAACUACGACACGCCGCUCUGGCUCAACACCGGCAAGCCCCCCGCCCGCAAGGACGACCCCUUGCACGACCCCACCAAGGACAAGACCAACCUGAUCGUCUACAUCAUCUGCGGGGUGGUGGCCGUCAUGGUGCUCGUGGGCAUCUUCACCAAGCUGGGGCUGGAGAAAGCGCACCGGCCCCAAAGGGAGCACAUGUCCAGGGCUCUUGCAGAUGUCAUGAGGCCACAGGGCCACUGCAACACUGAUCACAUGGAGAGAGACCUGAACAUUGUUGUCCACGUCCAGCAUUACGAGAACAUGGACACGAGAACCCCCAUAAAUAAUCUUCACACCGCCCAGAUGAACAAUGCAGUGCCCACCUCUCCUCUGCUCCAGCAGAUGGGCCAUCCACAUUCGUACCCGAACCUGGGCCAGAUCUCCAACCCCUACGAACAGCAACCGCCAGGGAAAGAGCUCAACAAGUAUGCCUCCUUAAAGGCAGUCGGAAGUUCUGAUGGUGACUGGGCAGUAUCGACACUUAAGUCACCAAAAGCUGACAAGGUCAAUGAUGACUUCUACACCAAGCGACGGCACCUGGCUGAGCUGGCUGCCAAGGGGAACCUACCUUUGCACCCCGUAAGAGUGGAGGACGAGCCUCGGGCCUUCAGCCCCGAGCACGGUCCUGCCAAGCAGAAUGGACAGAAGUCUCGUACCAACAAGAUGCCCCCACAUCCCCUGGCCUACAACUCCACCACCAACUUUAAGGGCUGGGACCCCAACGAGCAGUCCCUGCGGCGGCAGGCUUACGGCAACAAGGGCAAGCUUGGCACGGCCGAGACAGGCUCCAGUGACCCCUUGGGAACUCGCCCCCAGCACUACCCACCCCCACAGCCAUACUUCAUCACCAACAGCAAAACAGAAGUGACUGUCUGAGCUUUCAACACAGGGAACACCCUGGAGACCACACUCAGCUGAGAGAGGCAAAAAAAAAAAAAAAGAAAAAAAAAAAACCUUGGCCACACCCUCCCCUCCCCAACACAUGCGCCCAUACACUAACUCUCAACAAGAACCAACUAUAAACCUGCUGGGGACACGGAGUCGCAUUUUUCCUAGGUCAUGCCUAGCACGUGUUGGCAGGCAGCUGAGAAAGGCCGAAGCAUGGACAUUCAGCAAUACAGCAAAGGGGAAACUGAGGCACACUCUUUCCACUGCAGCCCCAAGGUGGCCAACUCAACAUGCCCAAACCGCGGGGAUGAUUCUUCUUUUCCUCCUAACUUGAAACUGAAAUCCGUGAUGAAAAAAUAGAGAAGUAGCACAAUUUAGAGAAAUUGUCCAUUUGAGCACAUACACUACUUGCUGCGUGCUGUUUCUAGGUACGAGAGCCAGGGUGGAAGUGGGGGCAGAGAACGAGGGAGGACACAAGAGUGUAUUUCAGAAGAGGAGCUGUUCUGGGAGGAAUCUGCCCACAUUAGAAGCAUUUUUCUAAUUCCAAGAAGUGGUGACGUGGACAUAAAGUUUUGACAAGCAUGAAACGGUCACUGGACCCCAACCGUUCUAUUUAUAGUACUUUUCAUAUCAUCUAUGUUGAAAGCAAAAAAAACAAACCCUCAAACUCAAAAAAAAUAAAUAGACCCUGAACCCACCGACAAUGAUGGGAAGAAAAGAAAAACAUUUUAGAGAACUCCCAUAAAGACCGUGACCAUGGAAAUGGGAGGGAUGGGCUUUUAUGGCAGGGAGAGGGUCUGGAGAGUAUCCGAUAACUUUUUAAAAAGAGAAUUAAAAUGUAAGCCCACCACAAAACAGAUAAAAAUCACAAAUUAGGGUUUUUUUUCCUCCAAAAUCUUGAAGACUUGUUGCUGACAUCAACAACAAUGGACCACAGUUGGAAAAGUCCACAGCAGAUCAGAUGAGGACCUGGAAGACUGAUUUCUGGGGUUUGCCUCCAAGACCUGACACAGCCACAGAAACAAGUCCUCUGCAAACUCUAUGUCCCUGACAUCCCUUUUCCUUCAGCGCAUUGCCGCCGCCGCUGCCAAACUUCAACUGCUUUGGACUGAAAAUGUCAUAAGCGUGGGUGGUGCCUUCAAUGUGUUACUGUUGUUUCAUGACAGUCUUGUUUCCCAGGUGCAACCUGUGUUCUUUUACCUUCCUGCCUCUUGUUUUUCUGCAGUAUUAGGUGUUUCCAUCUUUCCUUGUAGGUGAGCCCACCCCAUAACACCCUCUGAGGGGCUGCUACAAUGUCAGGGGUACCCGAGAACGAAGACCUCCCUCCUCUCCACACUAUCAAAAUGAGUCCUAUUUUCUAGCCCUGCCCCCAAACCUGUCAGACAUUUCUUGGUCCCAUCAUUGCCGUGGUCCCUCCAGUUUACCUUCCCACAAACUUUGGCAUGUUCAUCUCCCAUCCAGAAUGUCCUGAGGUGGUUUUUCUGGUUGGUUCUCAUAACCAAUAGCCUGUGGGGUCCCAACAAAGUCAGUUUUCCUAUAAGUUCUCUUUGUUUUGUGGAAGCCCCAAGAGGUGGAUUGAGAGAGAAGAGAUUUUCAUCUAAGGUGAAAGGUUUUUCAACUAGCCCCUAAAGGUCUUAGGUAGUUAAUGAACCUUCAACAGACCCAUAGCAAUUCUGGUGUCAGAAGUUAUCAGUGGUCUGGUCAAAUAAGACUCAAAUAAGACUCAGUGUUUUCUGGAAUCCUGAACCGCAAGGUUCUACCUCACCUCUCUCUCUACUCUGACAUCGUGAAAUCAGCAAAACCAGAUAUUUAUUCUCCUCCUCACUCCCAGCAGACCUGAGGGCACUGACAGUGCAGCUGAUCCCUCUGGGCCUCAGCCUCCCAUCUGAAACAUGGGGCAUUGCGGUCAGUCAGGCUUUUUGAAACAGCAAAACCUCAGCUUGUUUUUAAAAAUCGGAUUUUUUGGUCAGGCGCAGUAGUUCAUACCUAUAAUCCCAGCACUUUGGGAGGCCGAGAUAGCUGGAUCAUCUGAGGUCUAGAGUUCCAGACCAGCCUGGCCAACAUGGAGAAACCCCGUCUCUAGUGAAAAUACAAAAAUUAGCCAGGCAUGUGGUAGAUGCCUGUAAUCCUAGCUACUCGAGAGGUGGAGGCAGGAGAAUCGCUUAAACCCAGGAGGCGGGGGUUGCAGUGAGCUGAAACUACCACUGCACUCCAACCUGAACAACAGCAUGAGACUCUGUCUCAAAAAAAAAAAAAAAAAAUCAAAGAACGCACGGUAGGAGAUCUCCAUGUCUAAAAAGGCACCAUGAUGUACAAAGCAGGAGUCAGAGAUUUAGUGCCCACCUUCUUAGCCUCCUUGGGGAGACCACAGCGCUUCCCAGAGUCAGGUAGAGACCCCUGGACAUGGUCAGAGUUUCCUUGGCGUUAAUGAGCUGUGUACCUAUAACACGCUUUGAUGUCUCUGUGUAUCACCUUCACAAUAUUUGUAUAUAAAUUAAUUCAUUUGAAUACAUUUUGUUUUUAAAAUGAAAACUUCCUGUCUUGAUCACAAAUUUUUAAAAAAUCAUCAAUUGCUGUAAAUAGAAAGCAAGCACAAGAAUAAGUACCAGGGAAACAAGCAGCAAUUAUUAAAUUCCAGCUGGAGUCUGUUGUCUGUGAGUCUGAACUAAAACCUGAGGUUUGUUCUUUAUUUCUCUGUCUCUGUUUCUCUCUCUCUCUCUCUCAAAAUGAUAUUAGCAGGUAUUAAAUAAUUGUUAAAGAUACCAGCACCCAAUGAAGACUUUCUCCUUGUAGUAAUAAGAUGGACCGGAAGGUAAAUGAAAGGGGAGUCAUUUCCUAUGCAAGUCAGCGUUCAACAGUGUUGUAUCCGUGCACUGCCUAUGGUCACUGUGCAUACACUAGGGGUGCCCACACUUCAGAGAAUCCUGGAUUGACUUAACUAUGAGGUUGUUUCCAGCUCAAAGUUUCGGUUAUUCUUAUCUCCCUUUUAACUCAUCUUUGCUCUUUGGCCCCAGUCUACUUCAUUUCACCCUCAUCUCAACUCUGACUAAGAGUCUUUCUUUGCCUCUGAAUUGAUAGUAUUUUAUUCCUUCUGCUUGCUCCUUCUCCUUUGAAUAAACUCCAUCAAUUGAACUGGGCUCCUUGGGGUCUGCAGUUGUAAUUUGGGCAGGAGAGGUGCAGCCUGGUCAUUAAAAUGUAGCCACAGUGCCAGUACUGGGAAGGACCAGUACUUCCCAAGUAGUCCUGCCUAGGAUGGAAAGCUUAGGAAGUGCUUCCUAGUUUAUUAUCUUCCAGUUGGCUUUGGGAGAUGAACUGAAGAAGGAAGUUUGGCUAGGAAAGGCCUUUUUGUUCUUUGGCUACCUCUUGGGAGGAUAGACAGACCUCACAGUACUGAAAGACGGGACAACCUAUGGAACUAUCUGUGACUUCCAUGUACCAAGACAAGGACCCUAUGGCUAGGGUAGUGAGACCUAGAAGAGAAACCAGAACAAAGCAGACAGGCUGUCCUCUUCCUAAUUUCAUGCCCUCACACCAGCCCCUAUUUUUUGCCUUUAGCUGUCCCCUGAUUUCCAACCCAAUGGGACCAGAGUCUGACUUCCCUUUAACCCUUUCACAGUGUCUCAGCCUCCAUCUGCCUUGGGCUCCGCCUGGCCUCCCCAUCUAACUCUUCCCAGUUUUUGUGUAAAUGGAGCAUAUUUUAUGUGCGAAUAUUUUAGUAAUCGUAUGUUCUGCAAGUAAACUUGUGUUAAUACUUGUCGAAAACUGCAGAGUUUAUGAUACGAAUAAUUCUUCCUACAAUGAAGAAAAAAACACAUUUGUUUGUUUUCUAAGAAUGUUUAUUUGUAAACAUAUGUAUUCACUAUAUUAAUAUAAAUUUCUUACCUGGCAAUAAAACUGAUUAUAUGUGA